UGAGGUACAGUGUGAAUCCGGGCUGACGAGGAAUCACACCCGCGACACUGUGUCUCCCACCGGCGAACAUGGCUGCAGCACUUUUGACUCCCUCAUAGAAGAAGACAGAAGACAGAGAUUUCCAUUCCCCUGUUGUUCAUCCUUUGAAGCUGAAGAGAGAAGUUGCUUUGAUAGCAGAGGGUGAUCAGUUGUGAGUUCAGAUCAUGGCCUACACUCUGGGCUCAGCCACCGAGGGCCAGACGCUCAGUGCCGGGCCCCAGCGCUGCGUGACCCGGGUGGAGCUGUCCGUCACCGCCGCCAGCCUGCUGGACCGAGAUGUAGCGUCCAAGUCCGACCCCUUCUGUGUUCUCUUCCACGAGGUGGAUGGAAACUGGGUGGAGCUCGGCCGCACUGAAACCGCUGUGAACAACCUGAAUCCAGUUUUCGGAGUGAAGUUUCGAGUGGACUAUCACUUCGAGGAGAUCCAGAAGCUUCGCUUUGCCUUGUUCGAUGAAGACAAGUGCGCCACUCAGCUCUACGAACACGACUUCCUCGGAGAAUUCAUUUGUACACUCGGACUGAUUGUGUCCAAUAAAAAACUCCACAGACCAUUGAUCUUAGCCAAUGGGAAGCCAGCUGGCAAGGGAUCCAUUACAAUCACAGCCCAGGAGCUGUCUGACAACAGAAUCAUCACUCUGACCCUGAGUGGGCGUAAACUGGAUAAGAAGGACUUCUUCGGGAAGUCGGACCCUUACUUAGAGUUUCACAAACAAGGAGAAGAUGGUAAAUGGAUGCUGGUGCACAGGACCGAGGUCAUAAAGAACACUUUAGACCCGUCGUGGAAAUCGUUUACUGUGCCGCUCAUCUCUCUCUGCAAUGGAGAUGUGGACAGAAACAUCAAGGUUCUGUGUUAUGACUAUGACAACGAUGGAGGCCAUGAUUUCAUAGGAGAGUUUCAAGCUACGGUUUCCAAGAUGACUGAAGCCCAGAACUCAGUGGAGGUGGAGUUUGACUGCAUCAACCCCAAGAAACAGAAGAAGAAGAAGAAUUAUAAAAACUCUGGAAUUAUCAUUGUCAAGUCAUGUAAGGUGACCAGAGACUACACCUUCCUGGAUUACAUCCUGGGAGGAUGCCAGCUCAUGUUUACCGUGGGUAUUGACUUCACUGCAUCCAAUGGGAACCCUCGAGAGCCGUCCUCCCUCCAUUACAUCAACCCACUGGGCAGCAACGAGUACCUCGCUGCCAUUUUAGCUGUGGGACAAAUCAUACAGGACUAUGAUACCGACAAAAUGUUUCCUGCUCUGGGAUUUGGAGCUCAACUCCCACCAGAGUGGAAGGUGUCGCACGAAUUCGCCAUCAACUUCAACCCCACUAACCCCUUCUGUUCAGGUGUGGAGGGCAUUGCCGAGGCCUACUCCACCUGUCUCCCUCACAUCCGGUUCUAUGGCCCUACAAACUUUGCUCCAAUCAUCAGCCAUGUAGCGCGUUUCGCCGCCCAGGCCCUUCAACAAGAGAAAGCAGCGCAGUACUUCACUCUCCUCAUAAUCACAGAUGGUGUCAUCAGCGACAUGGACGAGACGCGUCAUGCCAUCGUGCAGGCGUCUAAACUACCCAUGUCCAUUAUCAUAAUUGGCGUGGGCAACGCAGACUUUGCUGCCAUGGAGUUUCUGGAUGGAGACGCCAGCGUGUUGAGGUCCAACUCAGGAGAGGAGGCUGUUCGAGACAUCGUGCAGUUUGUCCCCUUCAGGGAUUUCCGUAAUGCUCCCAAGGAGACUCUGGCCAAGUCGGUUCUGGCCGAGCUGCCUCAGCAGGUCACUCAGUAUUUCAAGCAGAGGAAUCUCCCGCCCAUCAACCCGGCCCCGGAGUGAGACGCCGUGAAGACGAGGGCCCCGCACGCUGUACCAUAGCUCAACUAAACCUGUCCUCUCCUUACUGACAAACCAGAAAGAAAACCUCCCUGCCUCUGUGUUAAAAUAAGAAGAUAGCUCAGCCAGUGUGAAUCCAUCAGAUGUGACUUUCUGUGUGUUGAAGCUUCGCAGCACAGAUCUUUGAUGAGUGUGUAACGGAUACGUGUGAAGUGAAGGCAGGCGGCAACAAGCAGGAAAGACACAAUGAAAAGGGAAAAAUAUCUUGAUUCAUCAGGACGUAGGUAAUUUGUUGUGUUUUUUGGCUUUUUGCAUGUGUGUGUCUUGUGCCUGAGACCAUGUGAGACAUCCUGACGUCCUCUCUGAGCUGAAGAGCAUCUGUGGUUGAAUCCUCUCCUGUCGUUGUGUGGAUGGUUUUUCCGGCAGCAGAUCAGACGAACUGAACCGAGCGGUGUUCCUUCACCUCCUCCGGCCGGGGGAAGCGUUUGAUCCCCUUGUCGUGCUGGAGGCGGGUUUCAGGCCCCACUGUGUUAAUGUGCUGGGCCGACUGAGGCGGGAGCUGUAGCAGCGACACAGGUUAGAUGUGAGAUACUGAGUCAAAUCCUCAGGCUCUUAAAAACACGGGGGGGGACCCAUUUUGAUUCGCUUUUGCAAAAAAUCCUUGUAUUUCUAAUGACUUCGGUUCUUCCUGCAUGUCGUGGAUAUCUACUCACUGGUUACGUUACGAUGCCGAUGAUCUCUAACGCAUGGUUUUCUUUUUUCCAGAUUCUGUAUUUAAUAGAGUUUGUACAUAUUUUAAUUGUGCGGGAAUAAAUAGAGGAAGUGUUUCAUGUCAGAGUUUUAACGAGCGGAAGCAGACAGGAAGUUUCUGAUAUGCAUGUACAGGAUAUCGAAUGUAUAUUUCUAUGAUGCUGUUCAUGUUCCGAUAAGCCGAUGUUUUUAAUGUACUUUUUAUGCAGUGCUGAAUUGUGUAAUGAAAACUGCUACUACGUGUGUUACUGUGCAUCUUUGUAAUAAAUGUGAUAAUCGUUUUAUAAAGUUGUGUCAAUGUCCACGCUCAGGUUAAUAAACUCAAGAAAA